AUGGCAGUUAGUGGUGAUGCUGUCCAUGAAACUGAAAAUAUUGAACUAACCCAUUGGCUUUAUUAUAUAAUUGUUUAUUAUACAUUACAAAUGACUUGUAUUAUUACUGUACCAUAUUGGUGUAAAUCAUUUCAAAAUGCAGAAGAUUGUGGAGCAAUACGUCAUUGUACUGAUACUGUUUGGCUUAAUGAUGAAAAAUAUACAAAAGUUGAUUCAUCAACAACAUGUGAAUGGUGUCAAAAGAUUAUUAAAAAUACUCAUACAGGCAUUCAACAUUUAGCAAACAAUGAAGAUUUAUUAAAAUCAUCAUUAGCUAAAGGAUGUGAUUUAUUUCCAUUAGCUACUGUUUCUUCAAAAUGUACUAAUGUUGUCGAAAAAUAUGGUAAUUCAGUUGCUUCAUUGAUGAAAAAUAAACGUUAUGCUACAUUAUGUCAUUUAAUGAAUAUUUGUUCAAAUGAACCAGUCGAAGAAACAUCAACCACUGAAAAACCAAUGCUUCUUGGACAUAAACGUUGUACAUGGGGUCCAUCUUAUUGGUGUUCAUCAUUGAGUAAUACACGUGAAUGUAGUUCAAUAGAUCAUUGUUCCGAUAAAGUUUGGUCUCAACAAUCAAUUCAAAAGAAACCAAAUGAUAAUAUCUGUCAAUAUUGUGAAUUUACUAUUGAAAAAUUACGUAUUAUUAUUCAAGAUAAUAAAACAGAGAUUAAUAUCGAAAAAUGGUUAUCCGGUGCUUGCUCUAUGUUACCAACAAAAGAAUCCAUCGAUGAAUGUGUACAAAAAAUGAGUCAAUAUUCAAAAGAAAUUCUCGUUUUAAUUCAAACAAAUAUUGAUCCUGGUGUAAUUUGUCAUUUAUCACAUAUGUGUGAUGACGCUACAGUUCUUACACGAGUUAAAAUUGAUAAUGAAAAACCAGCAGAAAAGAAGAUUAUCACAUUAGAAAAUGACGAACCACAACAAAUACCUGUUGAUGAACAAUCAAAAAUGUUAUGUAAUGUUAUUGUUAGUGCUACACAUGAUCUUCAUGCCAAUCAACAUAAAAAUCGAGAAGAAAUUCAAACAUUCUUAAAAGAUGAUUGUCAAACAUUAUCAACUACAGAACUUGUACAAAAAUGUGAAAAAUUAGUUGAAAAACAUGGUAAUGAAAUUUAUGGACAUGUUGCUAGUAAUAUUGAAUUAUCCGAAGUUUGUAACUAUAUGGGUGAUUUUGCUGAUCAUUCUACUCUUCAAGCUCUUCCAGAAGUUCAUUGCGAAUUAUGUACAUUUGUUUUAACAACAGCUCAAUAUAUGAUUAAAGCUAAACAUACUGAUGACAAAGUACUUCUAUAUAUUGAUGAACAAGUAUGUUCACGUUUAACCGGUACAGCCAAGACAAAUUGUAAGGCAAUCAUCGAAACAGAUGGUAAACAUUUAAUUGAUAAUCUUCGACAUGGAACAAAAUCAUUACUUCUUUGUACACGUUUUCAUGUUUGUAUUGAUGAAAUUAUAUCGAAAACAAAUUCAAUUGAAAAAAAUGAAAUGCGUUCAUUUAUCAAAGAAAAUAUUUGCGAUAGUCUUGGAUCAUUUAAAGAUGCUUGUAAUGCAUUAAUGGAAAAUGAUGGUACUCGUCUUAUGCAUUCACUUAUUAAUGAUGUGGAAGGUAAUGAUCUUUGUCGUUUAUUUGGAAUUUGUCCAAAAAAAAUGUCAUUACUUGAUAAUAUGGCUAUUAAUGAUGAUAAAAAUAAAUGUCAACGAUGUAUCGAUGAUUUUACACGACGAAAACAUAUUGCUGAAAAAUUAGUUAAUCAUUCAGCAGAAUUUCUCGAACAUCUUUGUGGACAAUUACCACAAAAAGAUGAUUGUAUCAAAACAGUUGAUGAAUCUAUAAGUGCAAUUGUCAAUUUUGUUCGAUCAUUGGACCCACAACAAAUUUGUACAGAAUUAAAGUAUUGCGAUGCAGUAUCUUUAAAACAAAUUCAACCAACUCAAAUCGAAUCAACAGACAAUGUUAUUAGUCAAGAAAUUAUCAAAUAUAUUAAAGAUGAAAUCUGUUCAAAACUUGGAUCCUUAUCAGUAUUGUGUGAAAAAACAAUGGAUACUGAAGGUCCCUCUGUUAUUGCUAUGAUUGCAAAAGAUCUUGAUCCAAAAAAAGCAUGUACUACUAUGGGUAUUUGUUCAGCAAAUGGUGCAUUUGAAAAUUGUAAUGAUAAAUGCGAAUGUUGUAUGAAUAAGAUUGAAAUUCAUGAAGUACAAGUUACAACAUUUUUGCGAACAAUGGUUGAAAGUAUAAAAACUUUAUGUCAACGUAUGCCAGGAUCUGAUAAAUGUCUUGAAAUGACAGCAAGAUUUGAUGCCAAUGUCAAUAAAAUUACUUCACAAUUUAAUGCUAAACGAGUUUGUCAAUUGUUAAAUCAUUGUUCAACAACUCCUGUUGAAAUUGAAACAUUACCACAAUGUCAAACACGAAUGGAUUCUAAGAAACAAUUUCUUCUUUCAUCAUUAUCUACAAUCAAUCAAAAUCUUAAAACACUUUGUGAAUAUAUUCCAUGGAAUAAAGAUUGUUAUUCGAUCAUUGAUCGUUCAACUCUCGAUGUUAAUGAAAAACUUACACAAUUAAAUACUGAAACAGCUUGUGCAUCUGGUAAAUUAUUAACUGAAAUGAUCUGUUCAACAAAUAGUCCAUUUGAGAAAUUAUGUAAACAACUUGUUACAUUUGAUGAAAAUAAUUCACGUAUGGAAGCUUUAUUUAAAUCAAUGUUUAAUCAAAAUGGACAUGUAGAAAAAGAAUUAUGUGAACUUGAACAAUCAUCUGAUUGUAAAACAUCAUUUAAAUUAGAUAAUUGUAAAGAUAAAUGUGAUUGUUGUGUACAAUUUUAUACAACAAAAAAGGAUUAUGAUUUAAAAAUGAUUGAAACUUUACGAAAUGGACUUUUAGCAACUUGUGAUUGGAGUUUAUCAAAAGAUUAUUGUAUUUCAUGGUUUAAUCGUGUUUGUGAUCGAAUGAAAGCUAAAGCUGAUGAAUUUAUUCCAACAACUUUUUGUAAACGAAUGAAUUUAUGUCCUAUUGAACAACAAGUAACUAAAGUCGAUGGUGAUAAAUGUAAAGUUUGUACUGAUCGUCUUAAUUCUCGACAAAAUCAUUUUCAAACAACAAUCAAUGAAGUAACAACGACACUUUCAUCAUUAUGCAAUGAUAAUGAUUGUCGAUCAUUUGUACAAUCAGCACAACAACAAUCAUUAAAUCAAAUAAAUAAAUUUAAUUCAAAAACAUAUUGUCAACGUUAUGGUUAUUGUCCAGCUGAACAAUCAUCACAAACAGCAUAUAUGUCGCAUUUAUUACUAAAAGCUAAUAAUCAUAUUGGUUCAUCAAUUGAAGGUUUAGAUCAACGUUUAGAAGCUGCUUUAGCAAGUGAUAUUUGUUUUCAAUAUGGACAAUUACGACCAAUGUGUGAUCAUUUAAUGUCAUCACCACAAGCUCAUCGUUAUGCUUCUGUCUAUAUGGCUCUAUUAAAAAAUAAUCCAAAAUUAAUUGAUGAUGAUUUACGUGAACAAAUGUCAACCAAUGUUCAUGCUGAUGUUUGUCAAUCAUGUAAAGAUGCAGUUCAAUCAUCAAAAGACUUUUGGAACAAUAAUUUAGACGCAGUUCGUAAUGUAUUACUUCGUACAUGUGAACGUUGUACAGUUAAAGAUCAAUGUCGUGAUUAUUAUAAUCAAAAAUUUGAUAAUCUUAAAGCAUAUUUAAAUAAUAUUGAUGCAGCACAAUUUUGUCAAACUAUUCAUCUUUGUUCAACAUCACAUGUUACAAUUGAAACUGAUAAAUGUUCAACAUGUGUAGAAAGUUUACAACAACGAAAAGAUGGUAUUUUACAUGGUAUUACUCGUGUUGCUUCAUAUUUUGAUGAUCUUUGUCAACGUUUUGGUGGUAAACAAUGUCAAGUAUUUGUUAAACAAAUUCAAGAUUCAUUUGAAGAAUCUGUUCGAAAUUUUGAUCCAAAACAAACAUGUUCUGCAAUUGGAUUUUGUUCAACAAAUUCUGACAUGGAUUUUGCUAAAUAUGAAAAAUAUUUAGAAGAUGAAUUUGAGAAAAAUAUUUGUUCAACACUUGGUCCAUUUCAAUCAUUAUGUAAACAAAUGAUUCAUGGUAAUAGAAAACAAAUUGAGACCAUUAAAAUUAAUUAUAAUAUCAAAGAUUUAAUGCACAUUGGUGAGAAAAAAGGAGUCAACUUUUUUACGGCAGCAAAUCUCAAUGAAUGUAGUAGUGAUAAAUGUCAAUGUUGUGUCGAUCAAAUAAAUCAAAAGAAAGAAUGUGCAAAGGCAACCGUUGAUAAUAUUAUGUCAGUCUUUAUUCGCGGAUGUGAUUAUUGUCCAUCCAAGGAUCAAUGCCGUAAAUAUUGGCAAGAUACUCAAACACAAUAUGAUUCAUGUAUUGAUGAUAUUGAUGCAAAACAAUUUUGUACUCGUCUAGGUUUUUGCAAUGUUUCAUCACUUUGUGCUAAUAUGGGUUUCUAUCAACAAUCUUGCGAAGAAGCAUUAAAUGCUUAUACUCAAUCACUUCAAUAUGAUCCAAAAACACUUGAACAACAUUUACCACAUACAUCGGUUGUUGUUUUACCAACAAAACUUGACAAAGAAGAAAUUAAUGAUUCUAAUUCCACUUGUAUUCUUUGUGAAUAUGUUAUGAAUAUUCUUUCAAGUUAUAUUCAUCAAAAAUCAACUGAACAAGAAAUUGAACAAAGUUUACAAAAAGUUUGUCAAGAUAUGCCAGCAACACUUCGAAGUCAAUGUCAUGAAUUAAUUGAUAACUAUGGUCCAACAAUAAUUGCAACACUUAUUGAUCAUUUUGAUGCUUCAACAGUUUGUCAAAAACUUAAUUUAUGUACCAAACAAAUGAAAGUUGAAUUAUCACAUAUAACAAAAGUAGAUCAAGCAACAUGUGGUGUCUGUGAUUAUGUUUCAACAUAUGUUGGUUUUGCAUUAAAACGUGAUUCAAGUGAAAAAUCACUUGAGCAUGCAUUAUCAACUGUUUGUUCACACUUAUCAAGUGACCAAACUUCACAAUGCCAAACAUUAGUUGAAUUAUUUCGACCACAUAUUCGAAAACUAGAACUUCAUCUUGGUAAUAAUUUCUGUAAACAAUUAGCUAUUUGUCAAACAGAAAAAGACAAUACCAAUGCAGUUAAACCAUCAAAAAUUCAUCUACCACUGGAAAAAGAUGAUGAAUUGAAACGUACCGUCAUGAAAAAUUUAGAUUUAACUCCAGAAUGUACAUUAUGUCAUUAUGUUGUUUCAUAUUUGGAUGCAGUUUUAAAGACAAAUAAAUCUGAAGCUGCAGUUGAAGCUGCAUUAGAAAGAGUUUGUACUAUUUUACCAAGUAAAGAACGUGCUCAAUGUACAGAAUUUGUUAAAACUUAUGGACCGGUUCUUGCUGAAAUGAUUGCUGAAGUGGCUGAUCCUGAUACUAUUUGUCGUUAUCUUGGUAUGUGUCAAGUUUCUUUACCAAAAGAAACAACAACAACAAAGAAACCUACACCAGUUACUUAUCCAAAUCAUGAUUACGUUCGUUUACCAACCGAACAAACAGAAUUUACUUGCACUAUCUGUAAAUACAUUGUUUCACGUAUGAAACAUGAUAUUGCUCUUAAUCAAACUGAAGAAGAAAUUAUUGCUGGAUUGAAAAAAUCAUGUGAUUCAUUUUCUGUACUUAAUCUUAAACAACAAUGUAUUGAUUUUGUUGAUCAAUAUGCGCCAUAUAUUAUUCAAAUGAUUUCCAGUGAUGUUGAUCCAAAAGUUGCUUGUCAAAGUAUUGGACUUUGCACAGCUAAUUCUCCAUUAACACUAUCAACUCACCGUCAAUCAACUCCAUCAACUCCAGUAUCAACAUCGACACUUUAUGGAAAAUGUAUAUUUGGUAUGAAUUAUUGGUGUACAAGUCGUCAAAAUGCUGAAUUAUGCAAUGCUGUCGAACUGUGUCAACGUGAAGUAUGGUCGAAAAAAAAUAAAAACAUUGUUAUUUAA